AUGAGCGGUUUUGAGGAUGAAAUCCUCACUAGAUUUGCCAAAAUUUGCCAGCAGCUAGUGUUGCGGUGGCAAAGCUGGAAGGGCUCUAAGGAAUCUCUGGCCCAACAGUGAUACAGUACACUGAUGAAUGACAGCAUUAUGUACUGUCCCAAUAGCCUUGGACCUCAAGGGGACCUCUCACGACAUGCAGCCUUUCCUCAAAAUCUUGCUGCUGCUGCUAGCGGCCAGCGAGUGAACCCUCCCCUUCUACGACAGGUGUGUAGCAUACCACCCUCCUCGUGGGACUCCAAUCCCUCAACCAAGUGUUAUUCUGAGAACCUAGUUUAUCUGGUGCCCCAAGCACCACAAUUCGAUGGCUACAUCAACCUCCAUCCCAGGCACAGCGAGGCUGUGGGUCGGCAGCCCAUCCUCAUGCAAAACUCGGGGGGCAAUAAAUUCACCUUCCCUCCAGCCUGGCCUCAGAAUGGCACUUUACAAGAAAGUAGCAGCAGCAACAGCCAUCAGCCGCCACCGCCUCCAUAUCCCAUGCACCAGAUUAACAGACAGAGCCCCACGGCCCAGAAGAUGCAGUCCAGUGCUGCCGCUGUACCCUCAAACUGAGCCAACCUUCCUCCGACCAUGCUGGUGCCCAACCACAACCUUGACAUGUACAACCUUGGAGCGCUCUCAUAGGUCAAACAACCCAUGCAGCUGCCUCAGACUUCCCCCGAGCACAGCAGCAAUCAGGAGGGUCCUCCAUCAUGGCCUCACAGUGUCCUGGGACGCUCCAACUCUUUCAACAAUGCCCAGUCCAGUGAGCAUCAGUGCUCUGUGCUCAGUUGUCAGCCUUCCACAACUACCGUCACCAUCAUCACGCAGGCCCCCAUCCUGCAGCCGGUAAAAAGCAUGCGUGUCCAGAAGCCAGCUACGCACCCACCCUGGAUGCAACAGCCGGCCCCUCCAACCAGUGACUUUCAGGAAUCGCCUGCUCCAGCCAGGCUUGGAGAGAUUCCAUCUGCUGUGGACGUCCCGAGCUACCAGCACCCACCCCCUCCUUACCCCAAAAACCUGCAACAGCAGCCACCUCCACCAGGGUAUGACCUCAACCCUUCCCCUAAACCCAGCAGCAAAGAGGAUGAGGGUGACCCAGACCUGGACUCGGAGGAAGGAAACAGGGGGGUAGGCAGAGGCACUGUAGACAGAUAUUUCAACCGUGGGGCAACAGAUCACUGGAUCAGAGACUGUCCAGAGAUUAGAAAAGACAUUAAGGAAUGCCCGCAGCCACAUAUACAUCAAAAGGAGGACUGA